AUGGGCGCCCCAACCACCCCCCCACCGCCCUCCCCAACCCCAUGGCAACUCUCCAUGUACCGCCUCUCCCCCGGCGAACGCCUCCUCUACUACCUCUACCUCCCCAUCCUCUCCACCACCCUCAUCCUCCUCUCCCUCCUCGCCUCCCUCCCCUACAUGUUCUGCAAACGCUCCCGCCCCCUCCUCCCUAAACGCUCCCCGCCAGACCCAAAACAUCCGGAAAGUAGAUACGAAUGGUACGGUCCAGAGAAGGACUAUCCCCCUGGUUUGGCGCUGGCGCCGCUGGGGAAGGGGCCGGGGUUGAAGAGGAGGAUGUGGGAGAUGUAUGGGUUUUUUAGAGAGUUUUUGUUUAUGACGACGAGGCAGGGGUUGCAAGUGGGUGGUGUGCUGAGUGGGGCGGUGAUCCUGUUCUUUCAGGUGGAGAUGAUGUCGCAUGAUUACACUUCGGAUAAUGUGAAAAAGUACCAAGACGCCAUCAGCGGCGGCGACGGCGAACCUUCAGGCUAUCUCAAAAGCGACGACAAGUGCGCCUACAUAGUCGGCACAGGUAUCGCCAACUGGGGCGACCGACAAGAACCUCUCGCAUGGUACGGAUGCUACCACGGUUUCCUCUGUCUCCUCUGUAUCUGUCUCAUGGGGGACGAACUCUUCAACGUCCGCUUUGGGGCUUUUGCGCCGCAGUGGUUUAGAGGUGGGAUAGGGUAUACUAUCAUGUUUCUCGUCUCUGCUACACUAUCUACAAGCCCUAACUGGGGUAUCAACGACUUUGUCCAACUCCGCUACCUCUUCCUCACCGUCAUCUUCCUCUUCGGCCUCUACCAAGUCCUCCGCACCCUCCUCUCCUCCAUCGGCAUAACAACCUCCGGCUACCGCCACACCGACUACCGCAUCGGCCGCAAACCCCUCCGCCCCUGGACACAAUCCGAAUGGCUCGACCCCUACUACCGCCAGAAUUUCAUCCCCUACCAGUUCGACCGGUACUUCUGGACGGAGAGUGUACAGUCAAAAGUCGGGGAUUGGCAUUUCCCCGCGGAGAGGAGGCCGAGGGAGGAUGUGGAGGAGCAGAUGGAGUGGUUGGAGAGGAACAGUAAGGGGAGGGAUAAGUGGUUGGUGGAUAUGAAGGUGCAGAAGGUGUAUCAGAAGACGCCGCAGGAGAUCAAGUGGCAGCAUGGCAAGAUCGGUCGGACCAUCAUCCACGGCGGCCCCAAAAAAAUGCCCCCCUUCAUGCUCGACGACCUCCACGCCCGCGAACGCGCCCACCUCGGCCAGAUCCCCUCCUCCCCCCCGCCCACCCAGGAAGAACAAGAAGAGAUCAUCAAAACAUGGAACGAGGACAAGUUUUACUUUGGGAUUGCGAAUUGGAAGCCAAAGACGAAGAGUUUUGGGUGGUGGUGGUUUGAUGUGAGGAGGGCGUUUGCGGUGGUUUGUGCGGUGGGGUUGAUGGGGGUUAGGAUUGGGCUGUGUAUUUUCGACCUGGGAUCCACAAACAUGCCCGCCUACCGACAAGAAUACGAACAAGCUCAAGACGCCUGGGACAGCACCGACAGCGGCGGGCCCGACUCGAGUACGUGCCAGUACUACCAAGGCAGCAGUCUUCCCAUCUUUGUGGUUAUGAGCGAAGAAUCUUAUUACGGCGUUACCGCCAACAUGAUCUGGCUAGCAAUCUGGCACCUCCACCUCCUCGGCAUGUGUACCGCCAUCAUCCUCGUCUCCAUCUCCAACAACAUGUGGUGGGGCAUGCACUGGCCUUUCCCGCCCAUCACGCUCAUCGGACCUCGGAUGACGAGUAUGAGUAUCGGGGUGACGCUGGGGUUUGUGGCGUUUGCGACUUUGCAGCAGGGGUUCUUUUUUGGGAAUGAGUGUGUCUUUCUCGUCCAAUCUUUUUUUGAUGUUUCGGAGAAGCUGACAUGGGGUCCCGGGUAA